AUGGCUCGCAGGCAGUCCUGUGAGGAUGCCCUAGGCGAGCUGACGGCCAUGGCCAACAAGACGAUGGUGGCUACAGGACGUUGGUUCCGUAAUCCAGAGCGGUACCCGAACGAGCUGAAGCGACAUAUCCCACCGGCACACGAACAGUUCCAGCGAGCUCUUGACCGGCUGCAACAGGAAAUCUUCCUUGCCAAAGCUCUGCUGGAGAUAGAUUAUCAGGCGGUGUGUGAGAAAAAAGCAGAGUUGAACAGAGCUCAACGAGGAGAAGCUGCCGCUCCGGUAGCACUACCACCAGCACUCCCAGAUACAUCCGAAGCUACAGCUACAGCACCGCUGUCGUCAACAGCUCCACCAGCAGCCCAAUUAGUGACAGCACCAGCCGUCAAUGGGCCUCUGCAGUCAACCGCCCAGUCCGCGCCAACUCCGGCUCUGGCUCCCACCACACAACCAGCAGACACACAGGCACAGGCACAGGCAACGGCACCAGCACAGCCUGCAGCACUACCUACCAUAACAUCUACGAUUCCCACAACAUCCUCGCCAUCUCUCGCUACAGCUCUGGUGCAGUCAGCAUCAUCAACAACAACCACACAGCCAGCCCAACCUCCUACUGUUGCAACCGUAGGUAUACCGGACACUACCAUCUCCGGUACACCAAUCAAUGUACAAGCUAUCACGGCCGAACCGAUGGUACAUACUCAGAGUGGCAUCAGCCAUGCCUCAGGCUCGAUAGGCUCGCUUCUCCCAGGCUUGGAAACAUAUGCCAAUGCCGGUGAUGAGGCUAUCAUGGAUCUCUUACCGUCAACCGGACAGCCCAAUGGCCAGGUUAACGGUCAGACUAGUGUUCCACAGACAAGCCAGAGCAAUGUACAGAACCAGAAUAAUACCACGGCAGAGAAUCCACGCCGCGAUGUAGUGAUGGACGACGUGCCUGAGUCGAAUUUCGACGACCUUUUUGUGGGGUCUGGGGACUUUGGCGGCGACGCUGAUGACUUGAUGAUGAAUACAGCCGAGACAACGGAUCUAGACGAUUCGUGGUUUCAAUGA